UCCGGCCAUACCAGUCAUUGGGAUCACGCCGGUGGGCCGCCACACGCCCGAGAUUGUCCUCCACCACUUCCUCCCGCCUCGGCGGACCGGAAAGUUGCAAAUCGACGCCUGUUUGUCGCGGCCGCCGGAUUUGGUGUUUCCGGCCACCGGCGGCUGCGCCAAGCCAUGGAUAGGCCGGGGAGCACCCCGCACAGCUUCGACAAAGCCCCAGCGCCGCAUGCAAGUACUGGUUCAUCCUCUAGCCGUCGUCGUCGGUUUGCCGGCAAAGACUCGGCCGGCCGUCGCCCAGGCUCGACACUCGUGCAGCGGCUCGUCGGCUCGCCGAUGCCGCUCAUACAGUGCGACGACUGCACACAGACAGUGUUGCGGCUAACAUCUAGCACGCCACAACACCCAGAUGGGUAUUCUUCAAAUGCGAAAACGACGGGGAAGGUGGAUGCUCAUUUUGAUAUUGGGAAGAAGAAUACAUCGAUUUAUUGAUAGAAAGAAACUUAAUAGAUGUUCGUGCACUCGUUGGUAGAAUUGAGGCUAAUGAUGCGGCUGUAUGUGCAAUUAAAGAAGAAACUAGAGGGAAAGCAAUGUCUACUUCUUUAGAAUCAAAGAAGAAGAACCAAGAAUGCAAGAUCAAGAAUCCGCAGAUCAACAAUGAAGGCAUGGAGAAGAUGUUGGUCCA